UCAGAUCGCAUUGUAUUGUCAAGGAGCGUCAACUUGUCGCGAACUGUAGCGGAUGUCCGCUGCCUAUUGUUCAGAAAAAAAAUAAAAGAAUAAAUUGGUAUGAGUAGAGUAACAAAGUAAGCGCUAGAGUGCAUUAACAAAGAAAACAUUGAAGCAUUGCGAAUUGUUAAAAAACGAACAACAACAACAAGUGAAUAAAAUAAACGUGCAACGCUUGCGGCGUGAAAUCUGUGCGAUUUGUUGUAAAAAUAUUGAAAAAGGUUUUUUAUGUGGCGCAACCAACAGCAGAAAAUCUGAAAGCGGGAAAUUAGAGCGUAUCAAGUUUGAAAAAUCGAACAGAAUGGAUGAGGACCACGACGACGACAACAUAAUAUGAGAUCAGAUGGGGCUGUAAAGCCCCACCAUAAAGCUUUCGUCUCCACUGCUCACGGCAGUCGUAGUAAAGACGCUAAACUAUACAUACGAAACAAAUGUUAGCGAAUGAAUGUGAGGAAAAUACAACGUUCGUAUCAACCAUUGUUAUCGCUUCAAAUAAACACUGUUGCUGCCGCCGUUCACACAACUGCCGCUUCUGCUGUUGCUGAUGCUUUCGUGAUCGUCGUCGUCGUUGUCGUUGUCGUCGUCGUCGUCGUCGUUGUUGCUGUCGCCGCAAAUGUUGCCGUUAUUGCUGAUUAUCGAACAGUCUAUGUUACACUGCGGCUCGGACCAGAUAGUAAUAGCAAAGGGAAUCGUAAGAGGCAUACCCAACAUUACAACAGCAACUACUUAAAAAUAUUAAUAACAACAACAAAAAGAAAAACAAAAACGUACACAAUUAAAAACAAUGCACGCCAUUGUUAUGAGCCGUUAGACGAUCAAAACAAUCGCAAUGCUAUUAUAAAAUGCGACAAGAAAAACAUUCUAGAAAAAUAUAAAUGUGUAGUUUUUAAAAUUAACAAAAAUACAAUUAACUCUACGAAAGCUUUAACACGAAAUAACGAAAACACCGAUUUUAAGGAUACUCGUCUAAGUGAAAUGGCCAGCAACGUACAUAAAAUGGAAACGUCUCUGAAUAUUUCGCCAUCGGUGGAACGCCACGACGCCGAUGUCGAUCGCGGCGUGUCCGUGUCAGGCAAUUACAAUCAGAAUGUCACAACUAAGUCCAAUACUAAAAGUAGUGCAUUCCUAACGUUGCCAUUUCUAACGGUUUUCUGGCUAUCAAUUUGUGGUUUCGCCACUUCAUUAUUCAAUAUUCAAGCGUUCGCCGCGAAAAUGCUGCGCCUACAAGAAUCGCUAGUACUGUGUGGCAUUACGGGCAACAACAACCAACAUCAUGGGAAACCAAGUGGCGGCUCACCAUUAGUGCCAUCGCUGCUGACACAGUUGCCUGUGCAUAAGCCGUUGCCGCCACGACUACCCCGAACAGCCGCGGCCGCAGCAUCCACAUCACUAGUUGGCAGUGACUUGUGCGCCAGUUCAUUUACGUCAAUGAUUUCUGCACCGCAAACACGUGUCCCUUUCACCAUUUCGUAUGUGUUCUAUGCCAUGUUCAUCCUUUUCCUGUUGCCCACGGUGCACAGCGAUGAUGGUGACAAUUUCUUCUUAGUCAACACAUUCAGCAUGAGCCCGGAAACUACCACCCCACCAUUCGACUAUGCCAGCCGAGGACAAAAGAAGUUCGGCGAUAAGUGUGAGAACACAUUGGAGUGCGGCUUUCCAGGUUCCAUUUGUGAUGCUAAGAAGAAGUCAUGUCAAUGCACUGAGGAUUUACCGGUGACCAAUCAUAUUGAUAAAUGUGGAAAAGAGGCUGCUGUGAAUGAGUCUUGUUUCUUUAACGAACAAUGCGAGGUAAAACACUAUCAAACCGAAUGCCGUGAUGGACGCUGCGCUUGCCGUUAUGAAAUGAUGCCCUUUUGGGGCAAAGAUGGGACAGUCGAAUGCAAGGGGCGCGGCGACAAGCGUGGACCAGAGACCUAUAUCGAUCCGGCAAUGAUUGGCGUACUGGUAGGAAUGGCAUUGAUGUUUAUUAUAAUUUGUGUCGUCCUUCGAUUAUUUAGCCAGGCACGUUGGCGUGAGAACCGGACAAUUUUCAACACACCGAAUCCACGUCUCAUGAACGUAUCGCUUUUGCGUGAUAGCAAACUCUUGCACGGCCAGGAGCGACGCGGCUCGCGUAUGUCGGUGCGAGCACCGUCGCGCCAGCCGAGCAUGGCUUCGCUACGUCCGCAUUCGCCGAAUCCGUCGUUAGGUAAGACAGAUCACAAAGCAGGGCGUAUGACGCGCUCCAAGAGCAACACUCGUUCAAGUGACUCCCGUGUUAGCGACGUUUCGAAUUGCUCGCGUCUGCUCGAGCAUCCCCACACCACCAUUCACGCACCGCAUACAUACGCGCCGUACACGCCGACCACACACACAACGUACCACCACCACCAACAGCCACCAUCACCACAAUCACAACCGCCAGAGCCGCCACAGUCCAAUGCAACUGCCACAGCCACAGCGAAUGCGGAUACCGACAUCGAGACGGCUAUGUGCUUGACCACGCCGCCAGCCGUCGCCAUCAAGGCGAACAAAUUCUGAAUGAACCGUUCCAAAUUGCCUACUCUAAGCAUAACGAUGGCUACAUAAGCGCGAGUAUGUGGGUCGAAGGCGCAGGCAUUAGCUGUGCUCGGUAUCCCAGUUGACAACAACACCAAUAAGUGCAUGGUGCGUUCAUUUCCGCAUACAGACACACACAGACAUGGUCACAUUCGGGCAGCGCCAGCGCGAGCAACGCAUCAGCCACGUCUAUACGUUCGACGCGUAGUAAUUCCGUGGCACCAGGCAAUGUAG